UAAAAAAAAAAGUUCCCACUUGAGAGAUAGACAUUUAAAGCAAGUGAUGACAUCUUGGUCCCAUCAUUACACAAUAACAUCAGACGAAUAUGGUGUUUAAGAUUUUACUGAUCGUUGCGUUGUCGGCGUGUGUUUGCUAUGGCACCCUGUCUGAUGUCUUUCUGGAUGAGGAAUGGGAGGAUUUCAAACGUGUCCAUGGAAAGGUCUACUCUCAGCUAGAGGAACCAGAAAGAAAGUUGAUUUGGAAACAGAACCUUGAUUUCAUCAAUAAACACAACAUAGAGGCUGACUUGGGACACCAUAGCUAUCGGCUGGGAAUGAAUAAAUAUGGUGAUAUGACGAGUGAAGAAGUGUCAGCCAUUUUGAAUGGUGCCAGAGGUUUUAGUUUCAUGAAUGGCAGCACUUUUCUACCACCAAACAACAUGAAGGUCCCAGACACUGUAGAUUGGAGAACAAAGGGCUAUGUCACUCCUGUAAAAGAUCAGGGUAGAUGUGGAUCCUGUUGGGCUUUUUCUUCCACUGGUGGGUUAGAGGGGCAGCACUUUCGUAAAACAGGAAAACUAGUUUCUCUGUCCGAGCAAAAUCUUAUAGAUUGUAGCAAAGAGAACAUGGGAUGCCACGGAGGACUUCAGUCUAACGCUUACAACUUCAUAAAAAACAACGGUGGAAUAGACACUGAGGAAUCUUACCCAUACCAAGGAACGGUAUGUAUUCAACGAUGGAAAAGCGAAACAAUUUGUUAUAUAACCCGAGCUUACUUAACCAGAAGCUUAGAUAUGCUAAUCUGGGCCUUCUUCAAGAUCUGUUUGGUUGCGUGUCCUUUGUCAUGCUUGGUUGGCACUGGAAGGGGUAUCAAAAACAAGACUUUACUUACAUAAAAAAUAACAGAAGAA